AUGGGAAGCACGUCAAGCGAGAUAGUCUCUAGAGUUGAAACUUUAGACUUGGAAGCACUUACUAAAUCAAUAGGAAGCGAUUUAGAAGUUGCUAAUGACCUGCGUCUCAUUUUCAAUACUCCUAAACUUACAAGCAGAUCUGAUCUGGACAAUUAUGCUAUUCCUGGCUAUAGCAAGGUAAAGGGAAAAGCAGUGGAAAAUAGCACUGAUCAAGAAGAAGCUAUGGUUUAUAGUCUGGACUUCCCAGAAAACUUGAGAGAAAAGCAUGGAGACACCAUAAAAAAUUUAAUCCAAGAAAUUGUCAAAAACAGACCUGAUGAUGAAAUUCCCAGCUCAGCAAUCUCGAAGCUCCAAGGCAUUUGCAGAUCACUUGAAGGGCUACUUAAGCUUGAUAAGUUUCAAAAGCUAAAAAAAGCAGCACAAGAGCAAGCAGCAACUGCCAAACCUUCAGCAUCCUCUUUUGCCCUUGAGAUUCUUCUAGACCUUAUUAAGUCUAUUGACGGAGUAAACCAUUUCUACUCGUCAGUUGUCCAAAAAGUUGACAAAUUCUUAUCAGAAGCUUCGUUUUUGUCUUUCCAGCCAACAGAUGCAAAUACUGGGAAAAGUCUGGACUCCAUCUCAAAAUUCCUUCAAGUGGUUCUCAGCAAAGAAAUCAAGAACGUGGAAGAAAAUGAUAUUACCCAAAGUCUUUCAGCACUUUUUGCAUUAGCUACUGGGACUGGAAGCUUAACUUCAGCUUUGGGCUUAGCUAUCAAAAACUUAGAAACUGACCAAAACUGGCUAACAAGAGAGCAGCUUGAAAUGAUUUGGAAAAAACUUAAAGAAUUCAAAAAACUCAAAGCAACUUUAAUUCAAGAGAAACUAAGAUGGGCUGCUCCUAAAGAUGCAUAUCAACCUAUUGUUGUCGAAGAUGAAGGAGUGCUAGUGCGAGCUACUCAAGAAUCAUCAGAAAAUUGGCUAUUUGUGCUUAGUGAGAAAGAAUUUAAGAGUGGAGUCCACUAUUUUGAGCUCUUAUUAGAAGAAUUUCCAAGUGAGGCUUGCUUGAUUGGAGUUGCAGAAAGCAACUACGAAAAUACCACCCAUCAGAAAAUAUGCUAUUCAGCCAAUUCUUCAAUAAGCUCCAAUAAUAAUCAAAUUUAUGAGUGGCAGCACUUUAGCAAGGGCGAUAAAAUUGGUCUUCUUUUGAAUAUGGACGAAAAAACAGUCACUUUUUACAAAAAUGGAGAGAAAGAGCCUCAAGGAAGCCAUGGCCCAUUGCCAGAAACAACUAGGCUAUUUGUUUCUCUAGGAUCUCUCAUUAAGGUUAGGAGCUUUGAAAUUACUCAGUAUUCUGAGGAUCUAAUUAAUUCCAUGCAACUAGACAAAGCUCAUGAGACUUCUGAGUUCAGAGAUAGUAAUGCUUACAAGCUUUUAGAAAAUGAUGAAGUCCCUGACGAUUGGUUCAAUAUAAACCCUGCAGAAAUUGGUGCCUUUAUAGUUAAUAAGCUAGCUUGUGUCAACGCAGAUAUCCUGACACUUCUCGAGAAAAGAGAUCCAAAAGCAGAAAUUCCAAAAAGAAAAGACUUGACUUUGGACUAUCAAUUCUUGACUUUAGAUCAGCUUGACAGACUCCUUGAUAUUCUUGCUGCUGCUUAUAAGUCAGGAGAUUCCAAAUUAAGCGCAGAAGGUUAUAUUCAAGCUAUUUCUUCCACAAUCCAGCUCAUCAGAACUCAAAUUUUGGCUUCAAGCUAUCAUCAAGAUAAGGAAGUUGGCGAUGAGAUCAGGGAUAAAAUCCUAAACCAUCUUAAGCUUAUCCUCAGUGAAAUACCAGAUUCUAAAGCCUCUGAAGAGGCUUCUAAAACAAUUAGCUUUGGGUUCGAUUUCUACUAUGAUGAGCCAAAAGAAAGACUUGCUUAUUUAGUGACUGGGCUCAAGCAAAAAUAUGGAGGAGAGCUUCAGGAUAAUACAGCUAGAAUUCUAAUUGAUGGUGUUAUCUCUGAAAUGUCAACUGCAGAAAAAUUGCUUACAGCUUUUGAAUGUAAAAGUGAAAAGGAAUUCCAAACAAUCGAUAAAUUUAUGGAUUUACUAGUAGACUUAGGAUCGGAAUCCUCUGCAGGUACUCUCUUUAGAGAUCAAGCACUUGAUAGAAGCUUGGUGGGAUUGAUUGAAGCAAGCCAAGCUGCGCUGCUUACGUCAGUUGCCAAAUCUAACUCUCAUCAAGACUGGCUUAAGAUUUUCUUGAAAUACUCGAGAAAGUUAAUAGAAGCUUCAACUAAAUUGACUGAGGGGUUAUUAGAAAGAUAUCCAACUGGUGAAGUUCCUGACGAGAUCUCUGCAAAUUUCAGUGAUACAAUUUUUGGCCAUCCACUCGAAGGACUCCUUUAUGCCCUUCCACUCAUCAAAAUGGACUUAAGUUGCAACUCAAAAAUUUUAGAGGUGCUUCUGAGCUACUUGAGCAAGGUAAAUUUGAUUAAAUCUAAACCUGCUGUAUUAGCAUUAGCAACAGGAAGUAAAACAGAAAUUUAUGAAAGUAGCCAUCCAUAUGAAAAUUGCCUUGAUACAACUAAACUAGUAAAAGUCCCUAAUGCGAUUAAAUACAUUCUUACUUUUGAUCCUCAAUUCCAAACUGAAAAUAGCUGCGAUCACUUGAAGCUCUAUCUAGAUGAAAAUAGAACCAAUGAGCUAAGAAGUUUCACAGGAACUGAUUUUCCAAGAGAGUCUCUUGAGAUUAAAAGCCCAUUGCUGUUUUUCGCUUUUCAUUCAGAUGGCAGUGUAAGCUAUUGGGGCUGGAAGAUAGAAAUAAAAGCAGUUUGUAAAGUCUCUUAUUUAGAUAAGCAAUGGCCUGACACUAUUAAAGAUGCGGCCUCCAUAGUGCUUGAAUCUAUAAGUUCAAACCUUAUUUCUGGUCAGUGGGAUUUGAAUGCAGAAGAUGAAGAAGCUGCAAAACUUCUUGAUAACCCUCUCCUCAAGUAUGGAAUAGAUGAAACUGCUUUAUUAUCAGCAAAUAAUGAGCUUAGCGAAGAUCUUAAAAACUUAGCAAAGCUUACGACCUUUAAAGACAAUGCUCAAGACUAUUCUGAUGCUCUCAAGAAGAAGGCUUUAACAGGCAAGUCUGCAAGUGUGUCACUGGAAAGUUAUGCUCUUACUCCCCCCUCCGUGAGUGGACAAAAAAAUUUUGUUCACUCAGGGAGGGGGGCUAAUUUGUUUUUUUUAAAAAAUUAUAUAUAUAAUUUUAUAUAUAUUUUUUUUUCGAAAUUUUCUAAUUCGUAAAAAUUGGAAAGCAAAUAUUAAUUUAAUUUAUAAAAUUUUAUGUUUUAAAACGUAAUUUGUUUAAAAUUAAACAGAAUUAGCUCUAAAUUUCAUUAUACUAAAUUAUCACUUAUAUAUCAAAAUUUUUUUCCAUAAAAUUUUUUUUUCUAUUAAAAAAAUUUUGUUCACUUACGGAGGGUGGGCUUUUGGGCAAAAAAAUAGCGAUUUUUCUAAUGGUUUUGUUCACUCACGGAGGGGCGGAGUUAGUUAUAAACAAAGACCUGAAGAAGCAAGGUUUUCUUAUAUUCCAUUCUUGCAAGAACUUAUCGAGGGCAGUGAAAGAGUAAAGACAGGAUGGGCAAAAUUGAAAAAACAAUCCGGAGUUGUAGGACCAUCUACAAGAAUUGGGGGUGACGAAAUGGAUCAGGCAGAAAGAGCCAUUUUCGCAGUUUAUAUUGCUUUCUUCGAAGUUGUUGACACUGUUAAUAAACUCUUUGAUGAGUCAGAAGAUUUAGGCAAAACCUUGAAAUAUAUCAUCAAGCAAAGCAACUUGAUUAGAGGAUGGGCUCAAAAGCACAAGCAAAAUUUGAUGGAUAGUGGAAAACCUGAUAUAACUUACACAGACAUCAGCAAUGACAUCGUCACAAAAUGCACCUUGUUGCUGGGAGCAGACUAUAAAUUAUCCUUAAAUGAACUUGGUGUAAGCAAAGUAAUGAAAAACUUGCUAUCAAGUGUCGUCAAAAUCCAAGCCAAAGAAUCAGGAGGACUUAAAGCAGGAAGCAAAUGGAAAUCAGUUAAAGAAGCAGUUCAUUCUUCGUCAAAGCUUAAAGGAUUAGUCCAACUUUCAUCUAAAACAAGUGAGCCUGAGAAUGAAGAUAUUAAAGAGUUUCACAAAGUCUCUGAUCUUGUCACUAAAUUUUUGGAGACUUCAAUACCUGUUGAAUUAAUUAUAAAACUAAUUGAAGGAAGAAGAGGAAGAGCAGUUACAAGAUCCGUUGGAUUCCAGCUCAUCUCAAAUAUGAUCGCUUCUACUGACUCCCCCUCUGUCAGCGAACAAAACCAUUGGAAAAAUCCCUCCUUUUUGGGUAAAAAACUCACCUCCUUGAGCGAACAAAAUUUUUUAUGAAAAGAAAUUGAUAUAUAAGUGAUUAUUAGUAUAAUGAAAUCUCAUGCUAAUUUUGUUUAAUUUUCAAUAAAUUCAAAUUGCAUUUUUUUAAAACAAUAAAUUUUAAAAUUAAAGUAGAAAAAGAGAGAAAUGCUGCUUAUGCAGCGAUAGAUAGAUUAAUAAUAAUAAAAUUAAAGUAAUAUUUGCUUUCCAAUUUUUGAAUUUUUUUAAUUUUGAAAGAUAAAAUUUAUUGAUAUAUUUUUUAAAAAAAUAAUUAACCCCCUCCUUGAGCAAACAAAAAAAUUUUGUUCGCUCACAAACAGUGGAGUGAUCAAUCAAUAUCGCUAGUUAAAGUGUUUAGUGACUCUUUAAAAGUUAAAGGCGAGAAAAAGCACUACUGGGAAGGACUAGAGGGAAUUGAUCCUAAGCUACUGCAUAUUGUCAAACACUCAUUUUACCAGCUAUAUAGCACACUUCAAAAGGAACUCACAAAGCCUCAGACAAAGACUCUCCAGCCAACUGACAUUUAUUACUACCUGUUUCUUUUAGAAGCUAUGAGCUCUCCAUUUAAAGGAAUUGAUAGUCAUUCAAUACUAGAGCAACAUUUCCCUACUGUUUUAGCACAAUUGCUGAAAUGGGCUAAGGGCUUCAUUAAUCUGGAAGAGUUGCAAAGAAGGUUCAAGAAAGAGCUUUGUGUUACUAAGCUUGAAAUUCAUCCAGAAGCUGAAAUUCCAGAAGGAACUGAUAAGAUUCUACUAACACCUCUCCGUAAGCGAAAAAACAUUGUGCUUUCACAAAGAGGGUUAAUUUUUAAAAAUUUAUUUAUUUUCAGUAAUUUUUUUUUCCCGAAAUCGAAAAAAUUAGCUUAUUGGUAAAAUUAUAUAUAUUAAAAUGCAAGCUGUUUAAAAUAAAUAAAAUUAGCUAGAUAUUUCUUAUCACUGAUAUCACAAAAUUUAUUUCAUAAAAAUUUUAAAUUUUGUUUUCUUACAGGUGGAUUUUUUGGCCAGAAAUAGGGAUUUUCCCAAUAUUUUACUCGAUCAUAGAGCGGGAGUAAGCGAAUCUCCAGAAGGAGCGAAAGUUUAUUUGACUUUUCAUAAAGAUCAAAGCUUAAAAGCAUUAACUGACGUAGUUAUUUCUACAGAUCAAGCAAAAGAAGGCUAUGAAAAAAUUGAUGGAGAAUUUGUUGAGAGUGGAGAUACAAAAUUCGUUUUCGUGAAGAGAGGAGAAGAGAAAUCAGGAGAGAGGUGCCUUCUUGUUUCCCCUAGCAUCAAUGAUUUCAAGUACUCUAACUACGACGAACUUUUUGAUGCUGAUAUUGAUGGAGAGAUAAAGGACAGAACAGAAUUAAAAGCCAAGCUCUGUCGAACCUCUUGGUCUUUGUUUAAACAAUUCUUUUACUCAAUAGCUGGCUCCUGGGUUGAGCCUAAUGAAACUAAAAAGAUUUUGGUCCAGGAUACUUUCAUGCAAGUUCUGUUUAAUGAUCUUAAAUAUGAGAAGAGUUUAUCAGCUUUAGAAUCAGAGUCACUUGAAGUUAAGAAACUUGUAAGGGGUGAUGAUUGGAUUGGCAAAAAGGUCGAAUCAAAAAAUCUUGCUAAAAACCCAGUCCAUGAAUGACUAAACCAAUUCAGGCAUGAAACUGAAGGCUUUGAAAAUUUCACACUUAGAAAUUUAAUUAAUGAGUACAUUGAGAAAGUUGAUCCUUCAAUGAAAGGUGUUUUAACACAAGAUGAUCUAGAACAUAUAGAACAGCCAAUUCUUGAAACUUUACAGAGCCACGAAGAAAACAAAAAUUAUAAAGGACAAUACGAUUUCUUCAAGUUUUUAGGUACUCUUAAAGAUUUAAGUAACGAAUUCCCUGAAAAUGUUCAAAACUAUUUAUCUUCUUCAGUCCUUUGGAAGUACUUGCCUUAUGAUUUUUAUGAUGCUCAAAAGUUUUAUGACCUUACAGACGUAAAAGCUGUCAUUGAAGCCUUUGCCUCAAGAUUCAGAACAGUCGAAGGCGAAUCCUUUAUGAAGUAUAUUGAGCUCUUCAGAAGUUCUGAACACCCUGGAAUUAUCUCUCAAGAUAAAGUGCCUGAAAACACUCCUUCAGAAUUUAAAGAUGAAACUGGAAGCAUUGACUUUUAUUUGCUAAUAAAGACAAUUAACUCGAAUCGCGAAAAAUUUGCAAACAUCUACACAGAAAUUCAAGAUAGCCUGGCAAUGUAUGGUGAAUGGCCAACAUCAUGCAGAGCGACCUCAAAAGUUGUUGCAGAGCAUGCUGAUUAUAUUGGUUCUUUACUUUGGGUUGUGUAUGGGUGUCUUGGAUCUAAAUGUCUCCCUAAACUCCUCGCUCGUGAAUCUUAUAUCAAAUCAUUGCUCCAGCUCACCUUUGCAGUUCCUUCUGAAAAAAUUAUUACAAUUGGAGCUCGAAUCCUUACUCUUCCCUUUUAACUUUGAACAAAAAAUGCUGUUCCAAUAUGAAGAAUGGUUAUUUUUUUUAAAAAAAAUCUAAAUUUUUCCUUAUAAAAAUUUUAAAGAUUUUACAUUUUUAAAAAAUAUAUAAAUGAGCACAAUACUUUGAAAUUUUUAUUUUAUUUUUAUGAAAGAAUUGAAAAAAAAUUAAUCGAUUCAGCCUGAAAACUGUUCACAUAACAGUUUACUAUUAAAAUACAUCAAAACUAAUUGUAUAAAAUUUAGUAUUUUCAUCUAUAAAAUUUUCCGAUUGAAAAACAAAUUUUGUUCUAGUUUAAAGGGGUUUUAAAGUAUCCACUUUGCACUUAUUUAAAAUAUAGAAAAGCCCUCAAUAACGUUCCACUCAUCUGCUUCGCCAACAAUCAUCUUGCGACCUUAAAGUCUAGAUCGUACCAAACAUAGGCCUGCACAUGCUCCCUGGUAGUUUGAAAGGUUGGGCCACCUGCCGUAUGAAACGGGGUUGUGUCUUCUAGAAAAUUUAAAAACAAAUUUUCUGGUUACCUAUCAGCCAAGAUGAAAAUUGUAACCCAAGACGUAACCUCUGGCAUCGCUCUGGGAAAUGUUUCCGAUCUAUCAGGAGAGCCUCACUAUUAUUGCUGGGGCACCCAUUUCCAUUUCCAACUCAAAAUUCCAUCUUUCUCCGAGGUAAAACUUUUGACUUGAAUGUUAGCCUGCGGUCUGCCAACCGACAUUGCGCUCUACCAAAGCCAAGUAAAACAUAGCCUGAUAAACAUACCCAACGUUAAAACUCCCUUCAACAAAGCUCCUGGGUCUCCCCAGCUGCAGGUGAGCGGAGGUUGGGCUGUUCCGCCACACCAUUUUAUAUAUAGUUUAAAGUACCCAAAAAUUGAAAAUUUUAUUCAAUUUAAAGGGGAGAGUUAAAUAUGUAGUUGGAAGCCAGCAUUCUCCUGAAUCGACUAUUAAUUGGUUUGAUGAUAUCUUCAAUAUUAUUGAGGAGAACAGAGGUGACUACAUUUCCUCGAUCCUUAUGAGAAUUGGAGAUGGCUUUACCUGGUACGAAAAAGAAAAUCUCAAAAAGCAUAAGCUUCGUUGGGUUUAUGAAGGAAAAAAUCUCCUUCUUUCACUUAUUGAAGUCGAGAGAUGGAGGAGACGUGUCGUUAUGAGCAUUGUUGAUGCAUUGGAAGAUGCUUCCUCAUCUGUCAGGAAUGGGUACAGGGUAACUCCAAAAGCAAUUGGAGCUAUUUCCUUCCUUGCUUCAGUAUCAAAAGGCUUCGAUGGCUUUGGAGAAGAGCCAAUUGUGUUGGCAAAUGCAAAACUUUCUAAUUCCUUACUUCCCAAAAGAAAUAAAAUGGUGACGUUGGCGGAAAUAGGACACCGAGGCGCGCUCCUAUGGAGCAGGUAGGACCCAUCCUGAUGAGGUGAAAGUAGGUCCUCUGUUCUGGGGGAAGUAGGUCUUCAGACUUGGGAAUUCCUUGCCGAAAAGGGAAAUUUUUUUUCUCGCCCAAAGGUUUUCCCUGUCUACCAGACAAGCUAGACAGGUUUUGCCUAACACAUGGUCUUUUCACAUUGGGGCCAUCGAGGUGCUAUCUAAAUGCGGCUCUGUCCAGGGCGAGCUAAUCUCCUGGACAGGUGGGUUCAGGACGGAAAUCCAAAAUGGCAUCCUCGGAUGCCAUUUUUGAGAGCCGAGACGGUGUGGAUGGCCAGCGUCUGCGGGAGCGCGUAUGGCCGAAUACUUAAUAACUUAACUGACUUCCCAAAGGCAUCAUAAGAGAAAUCAAUGGUACAAAUGCUGCUUUCUAUUCUGUGAGUGAAGAUACUUCAGCAACUGAAGCAAUGGAAAAGAUAGAGAAUAUUGAACAGCAAGUCAGCAUUAAUCUAUUUAGCAUCAUAAGUUCUGAAGAGAAAGAUACUUUAAGUGUUUCAUUGAUUACUCUAUGGGAAAACUUCCAAGACUAUGAUGAUAGUCUCGACUUGAGCUACUCAUCACAGUCAUAUGCAUUCCAAAGAACUCUAUACAGAAGCCUCGAGAAUGCUACUCUUGGAGCUAUUGUCGAUAUUUUUGAAUCAAAUGAUCAAAGUUCAGAAAUAGUUGAGAAAAUAGCUGAAAGAAUUUUAAAGAGAAAGCCACUAGCUCCUAAAUACACAAGUAAGGCGAUGUAUUCGAAUAUUCUAAAACAACUUGCAACAAAAAUACACUCAAGUUCUCACGGUGAAAAUAAGCCAGAAGCAGUACCACUAACAGAAGAAAGUGCUCAAGCAAGAAUUGGGGCACUUAAUGAAGAAGAACAGAUUUUAGCAACUGAACUUUUAUCACUUGAUAUUCCUGCAAUUAGAAUUAUCAAAUGCUUUGAUGCUGGAAUAAAGGAUAAAGAGGGAAUUCUUAACUGGCAAGAACCACCUAAGCCUGAGAAAGAGCAAGUUCAGCUUUAUAAACUAGCAUCUUCAAAGUCAUUAGCAACUAAAGGCUCCAGGAAAUCAGUUAUUUAUCAAGACGAGUGUGCCAACUUAACCAUUAGGAGUCUCCUUGAAGGCAUAAACGAGAAAAGUGAGAUCUCGGUUAAGCUGGAUGGCUCAAUCUUUAAUAGUUUGACAACAGAGCCUAAUUCUAUUACAAUUUUAGCUACUCUUGAAUAUCAACUAUCUGAUGAUUCUGUAAACUGUGGCCUUAAGAUUGGAGACUUAUUCCACCCACUCCGUAAGCGCACAAAAAUUUCUUUAAUUGAAAAAUUUUUUAUGAAAAAAAUAUUGAUAUAUAAAUAAUAAUUAGUAAAUGAAAUCUGUAGCUGAUUCUGCUUAAUUUUAAACAAAUUGCGUUUCAAAACACAAAAUUUUACAAAUUAAAUAAAUAUUUGCUUUCCAUUUUUUACAAAUUGGGAUUUUUUAAAUUUCGAAACAAAAAAUUUACAAUAAAAUUUAUAUUAGCCCCUCCAUUAGCGAAUAAAAUUUUUUUUGUUCACUCACGAAGGGGGGAGCUAGAGCUUGGGAUAAAGAAGACUGAUGAACUUUACUUCACUAUAAAUGGAGAAACAACAGAAAAAUUGAACGAAACUGAAAAACUAUUUGUAAGAGUUUACGCAAAAGCUAGGGGUCAGGUUUAUAUCACAGUUGAAGGCCAUACCUUCGAAAAAAUAAAUCUUACUCCCCCUCUGUGAGUGAACAAACUAUUGAUUAAAAAUCCAUAUUUUUGCCCCAAAAACCACCCUCCGUGAGCGAAUAAAAAAUUGUUUUAAUAGAAAUUAUUUAUGAAAAAAAAUUCGAUAUAUAAAUGAUAGUUAGUAUAAUGAAAUCUGUAGCUAAUCCUGUUUAAUUUUAAACAAAUUCUUAAAUAUAAAUUUUACAAAUUAAAUAAAUAUUUGCUUCUCAAUUUUUACGAAUUUGGAUUUUUUUAAAAUUUCGAAUUAACUCCCCGUGAGCUAAAAAUAUGUUUUUCUUUGCACGCGGAGGCGGCGGGUUAGCAUUUUUAACGGAGUUAAAGUCGGAGAUUUCGGAAUUUAUCUUGAAAAAGGAAAAAUUGUUACCUUAUUAGGCUUCGAAAUUUAUGAAGGCUUAUAUGAAGGUUCUGCAAAGGCUGAAAUUGCUAGGCCAAAAGAAUUAGAAGGUGGAGAACAAUUUGUAAGAGUCUUUAAUAAGUUAUCUAACGCAGCUCAAAAACAAUUAGCUUUAAUUGGACUCACAGAAAAUUUGCAGCAUGACUCAGAAGGAGAUGUCGAUUUGAGUGCGUCAAUUGAUUACGCUUUUGAGCAUUUAGAAGCUGAUGAUGCCAAAGCUUUAUGUCUGGAUUAUGAUAAAAGAGUGAUAAAUGAUGUUAAAAUAUUUGACUCUAAAGAUCAAGUUCCUAAAGACUACACAAUUGCUCAAGUUUACGCGGAUGAAUACCCAAUAGAUUUUGAUUUUGCAAAUAUAAAGGUUCUUGCAUUCAAUAAAGAUCUUCCUCUAGAAACCUUUUUAUCAGAUAUCGCUAUUGAAGGAGAGCCUAGCAGCUAUACAAAUAUAGGUAACCUUAGCAAUGAGCAAAAUAGAUCAUGCAACGUUUUCCAACAAUCCUCUAAAAAAUCGCCUAUCUAUGAUAUUGCGCUUUUCAAAGUUACAGAUCCUUAUAAUGUAAAUUUGCCAAUUGGAUAUAGAUUAAUAACUGAUAAAGACAACAAAGCAAUAAAUAUUGCACCAAGCAGUGAAAAAACUUACUAUUUGUUUGUUGGAUUUAAAAAAUCCAGCUUGAUUUUGAAUUGCUCUGUAUCUUCACUUAGUUCAAUUGCCAGUAAAGCAUCAUCAUUUGGAUUAACAGACAAAACAGCUGAUGCAAAAAGCUCAGUCAAUAAGAUAGAAGACGAAAGAAAUUAUAACCUCUAUUCUCUAAUUGAGCUUUAUAAUGCUUUAUAUGAUGUCGAAGAACUUAUCCUCAACUUAAGAGUUAAAAAAACUUAUUUUCAUUACUAAUUUAACACAGUUUAUAAAAUUUUUAUAUGUGAGAUUUUUUAAUAUUUAAAAAAAUUUAAUAAGAACAAAAUGCAUCAAAUAUUAUUUAAUAUAAUCUAUAUUUUGAUAAUAAUUGCAAUAUUUAAUUUAAAUAGACUAAAAAUGUAUAUAGACAUUUUUUAUCAAAAGCUAUAAUCAUUGAAGAAAACAAUUCUGUUUUUUGCUGAGUCAGAAACUUUUCUGCAAGCAAAAAGAUUUUAUUAACUCCCCUUUUAAAUUGAACAAAUAUCGGUAAAUUUCUAAUAUUUGGUAACUUUAAAUUUAUGAAUUUUUAUAUAACUAUUUUUGACUUAAUUUAAUGGAAGAAGUUUAAGUAGAACAUUAUUUAAUAGUGUUUAUAAUGAAUCAUUAUUUUUAGGUAUUACUUCAAAAAAUAAAUAAAAAUUCAAAAAUAUUGGGUUAAUUUAUCAUUAUUUUAUAGAAUAUUUUAUAGAAUAAAUUUUAAUAUAGUCCAGACACGCUAUAGAUCAUCCUGAGCUAUAUCAAAUUUUCUAACUCCCCUCCAUGAGUGAACAAAACCAUUAAAAAAUUCCCUAUUUUUUGACCAAAAGCCCAUCCUCCGUGGGCGAACAAAAAUUGUUUUAAGAAAAAUAUUUUUUAUGAAAAACAAUUUCGAUAUAAGUGAUAAUUAGUAUAAUGAAAUCUCAGCUAAUUCUAUAAUUUUUUAAAGCUUGCAUUUUAAAGUAUAUAUUUUGCAAAUUUAAAUUAAUUUUUACAAAUUUGAAUAUUUUUAAAAUUUGAAGAAAAAUUUUUUUCUUAAAUUUAUAUAUAAAUAUUUUAAAAAAAAAAUUGACCCCCUUAAGUGAGCGUGCAAAUUUCUUUGUUUGGUCACGGAGCGGGGAGUAAAUAAAAUUGGCUGUUUUUUUUUUAAAAUUGGAAAAGAAUAUUUAGUCCCAAUAAAAUUGGAGAGUAAGCAUUGCAUUAACAUUAAUUAUAGAUUAGGGCCUUCCUCCUUUUAAGUCUUACUGAGGUGAAUCUUCGCAGAAGACUCAGCUGCUAGCUAACCUUUCUGGGUAUGCCAGCAUUUCCACCAGAAAUAAUUCUCCUCCAGCUCUUAAUGUUGUCUCUGAACCUUGAAGUAUCCAGAUUUGGGAAUUUACGGCUAGUGCUUGAGUGAGCUGAGUUCCAGAUAGGGAUAACUCUCUAACGAGUAUCGUUACAAACUAUGCCUUCGUCGUCAGCACUAGUGGUCUUUAGGGAUAAAAAGCCUUUUUCCCAAAUGUACGUCUGGAGGACACAAAGUUUACAUUACCGGACGAGGGAGGAAACCCAACCGGAGCCAAAUGCUCAGUACGCUUAGACUCCGUUUCCUGCUCGUUUGGCUUCAGGGCGCAUUAAAUUCCCUAAACUCGAAAGAGAUCUGAGAGAAGACGGGCUGGUUACGUCGCCAAUUUAUUUAUGUAUGGGAGGGAGAGUAAGCAUCUUAAAGAAAAACCCAAACAUUUUGGCCAAUCCAGACAGGCUAAAUAAAUCUUUUACAUUUAUUGGUAAUGAUUAUAAACAAUUAGAAACUACUGUAGCAUCAUUGCUCAAGAGUUCUGAGGAAUUCAGAAAAUUAUGUGUUAAAGAAUUUGUUGUCAAAACUGUUUCUGGUUUGAUUCCAAAAUCAACUGCAGAGCUUAAGCCUUUAGUUAUAGAAAGCCCUCAUCCUUACAAUAAUUCCACAGACCUCGAUGAAUGCAUAUCAAUUCCAGGAGCAGAUAAGCUUAAAAUUGUUUUUGAUCCUCAAUGCAAAACCGAAAAUGGCUGCGAUCCUUUAAGGUUCUAUGCUGCUCCAGGCCGAGGCGAUGAGCUAAAAUGUUUCUCAGGUGAAGGAGAGACAAAUUGGCAAUCAUUUGAAGUAGAAGGAGAUACAGUAUAUACUUUCUUCCAUAGUGACGGCUCAGUUAACUAUUGGGGCUAUAAAUUUGACGUUAUUCCAAUUGGCGGUGGCUCUUCUGGAGAAAUUUCUUCACCCCCAGAGCUUGCAACAUGGUUGCUUGAAAGACUUGUUGAACUAUUGGGCACAGAAUUUGAUUCAAGAGUUCUUUUCUCUUCAAGAGUUAUCCAGCCUCUUUUCUUGAGGACUAUUUCAUCAAAGUCAGAGUCAGAUGAGAAACUGCGAGCCAUAUCCUUAUUAAAAUCGCUCUUAAAGGUGCCAAACAGCACUAAUUAUGAAAUUGUUCGCUAUUUGAUAUCCGAAGCAACUCAGCUUUACAAAAAAUUCAAUCAAAGUAACCAAACUAGUUCUUUCUUGCAAGCCUUAAUUCCUUUAUUGUCAGAAUUUACAAAAACAUUAUAUGAUGGACCUUUGGAUAAAUGGUUUGCUGACUUAAAUGAGCUUGUGUCCUGGAUGAAAGGACUUGCUGAAAAAGAUGAAGGCUUAGCUUUGCUAAUUUUUGAUGAAUUUAAAUCUCAAUUGGAAGAAAAAACCGCUUUAACAUAUGAGUCAUCUCAUCCCUAUGAACGCCAGACUAAAGUAGAGAAAAUUCAUAUUCCUUUGGCAUCAUCUCUAAAAUUAGAAUUUGACACACAAAGUUUAGUCGAACCAAGCGACAAUAUUUACUUUUCUUAUGAUCCUGAAGGAGCGAGUCCAGCUUGCUUUGCUACUGGUUCAGCAGAUUACCAGUUCUUAAAUAGCCCGAAAGGUCCUGAUAUUGAAAUAAGAAAUAGCGGCAAAACAGUGACAAGGACAAAUUCUUCUGGAUGGGGUAAUGUUCUCUUAAGCCAAGUUAUGACAAAAGGUAAAACUAAAAUCACUUAUAAAGUCGACUCUGAUGGUGGAUCCAGCUGUUUGUUUAUAGGAUUUGCUAGAGGCCCAGACUCCAAUCGAUUAAACUUAACAGAGGCUGUUACCGAAUCUUAUAUGAAUGGAGAGGGAUCAUGAACAUGGAAUCAGGGAGGAGCGUUUAUAAGGCCAGGAGUGAGAGAUGAGCGUAGUAUGCCAUAUGUUACAAAUGAUUUAAUUUCAUUCUUGGUAGAUUUUGGCGAUAGAACAAUAACUUGCUACAAAAAUGGCAAUGAAGUUUACAAAUACACCGAAAUAGCAGAAUCAUUAAUUCCAGUACUUUGCUUUGGCGGAUCAAAUCAAAUUAUCUCUAUUGAAAAAAUUGAAGUAUUUGGAGCUCUAGAACUCAAUGAAAAGAAAGCAGAAUUUAAAGGUGAUACAAUCUAUGCUUGGCAUCCAGCAAAUGUUGGCUCACUCCUGAGCCAUCAAUGGAGUAAAGAUGAAAGCAUACGAAUUUCUGAUGAAGAGAGAACAAUAACUAAAGUUGAGAAUAGCGCUUCCGUACAUACCACUGCCCAUUUAUUAAAGUCUGGCAAACAUUUCGUUGAAAGUAUGGUGAAUUCUGAAGGGAGAAUUGGGUUGGGUUUUGCUCUAAAAUCUUCAAUUGAGGCUAAAAAUGCUGAGCAAUCUUCACUUUUAGUUUUCUCUGACGUCGAAGGAUUCGCUACGAAUGACAAUAUAGGGUCAUAUAUUGAUUUUGAUGCAAAAGAAUUCAAGAUCUUUAAGAAUGGAGAGUUACUUGUUUCAAAAGAGCUACCUAAAUUGGAAAAUGAAAAUGAUGGAUAUCAAUAUGCUGUUAUUUUCUCAGGUUCUAAUCAGAGUGUAGCAAUCUCAAAUAAGCCGAGUACUCCUGCUGGAAUUGAUAUCAUAAAUAUUCACUCAGAAGCCAACUCUGCGCUUUGGGGCUAUAAAUUUAAAGUCACUCCUCUGUUUAAAUUAAAGACUGUUCAAGAUAUCAAUACUUUUCUAGCGUUUGCAGGAGACGAAACUAAGACACUCUGGAAUGAAACUUAUUUGCCUAAAUUCUCUCAUUUCUUUAAGUCAGGCGCAGCAGAGCAGCUCGUUAUUUACCUUGAUGAAAUGACUCAAUCAAAAGGAAAAGAUAUACUUAAACUGAAAGAUGAUGAUAUCGACCCAAGCGAGUCUGAGUUAAUUUACUAUCCUGAACUUGAGAAAUUGAGUAAAGAUGACAUGAAGCAGCUGUAUCGAAUCCUUCAAAAAUUUAACCAGAAAACAAAUGAAUUGUUAGGAUUAUUUGAUAUCCACUUCGAAUCAUACCAGUCUAUGACUGAAUUGCAAAAAGCACUGGCAGGAUCCAGAAAUUAUAUUUUCUUUAGAAUUAAAAAUAACUUACUGAAAGAGCAUCUAUCAAAGUCAGUUUAUGGCAAUAGGCAAUCCAUAACUAUUGAUAGGCCAAAAGCAGCAAGGCAUAGAGAUCGAAAAGAUGUUGAUGCACUCGGACAAUUUUCAAUAUUCGGACAAAUCUAUCGAAAUACUAUAUCUUGGCAAAAUACUGAAUUUAGAAAUUCUGAAAGGUUUUAUCAAGUUAGCUAUAGAGGUGAAGCAGCAAUUGACGCUGGAGGCCCAUAUAACGAAUCGAUGAGCAACAUGUGUGAUGAACUUCAAUCUUCUUAUUUGAGACUUCUUGUUCCAUCACCUAAUAAUGUUCAUAACAUUGGCGAAAACAGAGAGUCAUGGAUUGUGAACCCAGCAGCAGACAGUCAGCAAGAUAUUGAACUCUUUACUUUCUUAGGUAAAUUAAUGGGAGCUGCAAUAAGAACUCAAAAUAACUUGAACCUGUCCUUCCCACCGCUGUUCUGGAAGAGGCUUAUUAUGGAUAAACUCUCAACCCAAGAUUUGAGAGGUCUUGACGUCUGCAUUGUUCAAAUCCUCGAAAUUCUAAGGAAUCCUGAAGCCAAUCAAUUAACUCCAGACACCUUUUCUAUGGUUUAUGAUGAAAAAUUCACAACCAAGGACUCAAGUGGGCGUGAAGUUGAACUAAUCGAAGGAGGGAAAGAAAUCCAAGUCACUUAUGAAAAUGCAGCCAAAUAUGCAGACUUAAUUGAGCAAUAUAGGCUCAAUGAAAAUCCUAAGGCUUAUGAAGCAAUCAGAAAAGGAAUGAGUGCUGUCAUUCCAACUGACUUUUUGAAUUUGUUUAGCUGGAAACAAGUAGAAACCUUAGUAUGCGGAGCAGCAAAUAUCGACAUAGACAUACUAAAGGCAAAUACUGACUAUAGCAAUUGCAGCCUGACAGAUCAGCAUAUUAUUAAUUUAUGGGAGGUUCUUACUGAAAUGAGUCCUAAAGAGAGAACCUUGUUCUUAAAGUUUGUGUGGGGUCGAUCUAAGCUACCAUCAGGAAGAGAUUGGAGACACAUGACCAUAACCAGAUAUAAUCCUUCAGGAAAUGUGGAUAAUUAUAUGCCUAUUUCGCACACUUGCUUCUUUACUAUGGAUCUUCCACCUUAUACUACCAAAGAAGUUAUGAAAACUAAAUUACUUUAUGCUAUUACUCACUGCACAGAUAUUGAUCUAGAUGGCUCGGCUUCAGGAGGUUGGGAAGAAGAAGAUUAA